CGGAAGUCUGAGCAUAUUUAUAUAUAUACACCGGAAGUGACUGGGUGCAUCGAAGAGCUACGAGCAUUGCAGUGAAGAUGGCGUCAGAGAAAUCAGCCACUUCGGAGUGGAUUCAGUUCUUCAAAGAUGCUGGGAUCCCACCCAGUCUGGCUGUUACCUAUGCAGUGUCCUUUGUGGAUAACAGGAUACAAAAGAACAUGCUCAUGGAUCUCAGCAAGGAUAUCAUGAUGGACCUGGGAAUCUCUGCUAUUGGGGAUAUCAUUGCCAUUCUCAAGCAUGCUAAGGUGGUCUACAGACAGGAUAUGUGCAAGAUGGCCACUGAGGCCAUUAACUCUGGACAGACCAGUGUCCAGGCUGAGUUGAGACGCACUGCGAACACGCCUGCCACCCGCAUGAUAGCCAGUGCUCUAAGCAGGGAUUCGCCACCCAGCACGCCUGCACAGUGGCCUGACAACCGUCUCUCUGUGACCGUGUCCAACAAGGGGGCCAAAGGAACUAAGGCAGUUGCACCGAGCGAGCCAGCCGAGGGAGGGAAUGGCCUGCCAGUGAAGCGACGGCGUGUGACUGCAGAAAUGGAGGGCAAGUAUAUUGUAAACAUGCCAAAGGGAACAACCCCACGCACACGACGCAUCCUUGCCCAACAGGCCAAGAAAGGGAAGGGCUUGAAACGCACCUCUGUGUUUGAGAGACUCGGCGCUGAGUCAAAGGCAGACACUACACCCACAGCAGCUGCCAAGACCACAGGUGUGUUCAGUCGGCUCGGUGGUGGCCAGGAGGACGCUGGCUGGAGAGAUGGACCCAAACCAGGUGCUGCUGAGGAGGAGGAGGACGAUAGUGAUGGCGAAGGCUCUGUGCUCCAGUACGCAGGCGUGCUCAAGCGGCCUCACCCCUCCACAAAGAAAGAACCGGCUGCUACCAAACCAGCUGCUACCAAACCAGCUGCUACCAGACUAGCUGUUACCAAACCAACCAGGACGGCCCUGAGCAGGCUGGGACACAAAGUGAAGGUGCCCCCCAACGAGUCCUCUCCUCCACUCCCUUCGUCUACCUCCUCUGUUCUUGAGUUGGGUCCCAAGCGGAGUAUACUACAAAGACUGGGAAAGCCCCCCAAAAGUGGCUCUGGUUCCCUCAGUGCCUCGACCAAGCCGCUCCACUCCGACGCUUUGCCCUUGGCUAGCCCCAAGGUCAGCAGCAGCACAAGCGCUGCAGGUUCAGCAGACUCCCCCAAUGCCCAGAUGGAUGCCACAGUGGUCAGUGUUUUUAAGAGACUAGGCGCCAAGAGGACCUAAGUUGACAUAUCAAAAAAAAAAAAAAAGAUCUCAACUAUUUCUCCACCACCACCACUUACCUCACAUUACACAGGCAAGACAAUUUUGGAUUAUGAGUUUUCUUUCAGACGUUCAUUUGUUACAAAUGCGUUCAGAUCGAGUCAAUAGAUUUAUACAGCGGAGUUAGUUGAAGGUAUGAGAUGCAAGUAAAAUCUGAUAAGAUAGUCAAAAAAGGUUAUAUGAUGGUUGUUUGUUUUGGCAACCCUGUAUAGGCAACAUAGUGAUGUAAUUUACAGACCUGCAUUUUAAUGGUGGUGAGGAGAAUGCAGCCCAUGCUAGCACCUGAUUCCCAAUAGGAGUUUUUAUCGCCCCGACUUAUUCCUGAAUUCUCUUAUGCUCCCUUCUAAAGCAUGUCGUGCUAGAUGUCACCAUACCUCUCCAUUCUCUGACACAAUUAUUGGAUAAUAGGAAACCAACUCUCACAUUAUGGUUGCAGUUUGCGUGGACCAGAGCUCAACACCUUUGUUAUUGUCAUGGAGUGUGGAAUGCUAACAUUGCAUGCUUAUUUUCGAUUUACAUUCUUGCAUCGAUCAGGAAAUGCAUAUCAAGUGCCACUUGCGUUUAGUUCGUCUGUUGACGGUGUGCUAAUAUCGUGCAAAAUCAUUGUUUCCCUUUCAACGCUCACCGUUGCACGGUUAUCCCUUUGUGGCCAAUUUUAAAAAUCUUCACAUUUCCCAAAACAAUGUAUAGCCAGAUACUAGGUAGCACACACAUAUUAAGAGCAUUUUUCAACUGCACCAUUGUAAGAUAAGAGAUUUUAUUGCAGAAAACUGAAAGAUCUGUUUCACUGGUGCCCCAGUAAUCAAAAGUAUCAUUUGGGAUUUAGUACUGUUACGUUACUGGAACUUGGUUGUUGGGCCAGCAGCACUGUUAGAUACAGUUUUCUGACAUCCUGUGGCAUAGUGUUCCUUUCUGUGUUGGCUAUAUAGACAGCCUUUAUACCACAAACUCUCAGUCCUGCCCCUUGGGUUUCCAACUCUGCAUAUUUCAUAUCUUUUAGUAGCCCUCUUGGCUCUUGGUUAGCAGAGAGCAUUUUAUUUGGCACAAAGAACAUUUUAAUUACCCUGAUUUCAGUGCUGACCUUAUGGCAGUAUUGAAAACCUGGUGACAUUGUUUUCCCACAUUUAUUUGCCCAACGACAAAGGAACCGGCAUUGUAUUAUGUUGCCAUGGCCUUGUCAUUCAUAGAGAAAUAAGAUUUCAUCGCUAUCAAUAUAACGCUUAACUGCCCUUAGCGUCUAAGCAAUGUUAGCAGGAGGUAAUUUUUGUUGGCACAGUUAUGAGUUAUUUUUUGUCAUGGUGUGUUGAGAGUCUAAUAUCCGUUAGCACCUUUAUGAGGUUAUUUUUAUGUUGCACCAAUAUUCUGUGACACUCAUUGUUCUCAAUGUGUCUUAUUGGAAAGGGAACCAGAGCUAGACCACCAGCAACCACUGGCUCAUGUGUAAGCUUAAGAAAGUGCUGUUGAAGAAUACCCUAAGGGUUUACAUGUUUCCGUUUUAUUUUAUUGUUUUUAUUCGGUAGGCUUCUGCCAUAUUUUGAAAUGUCAAAAAGAAAAGAGUUGUUUGGCAGUGGUUUUGGUAUUUUAUAUAUUAAAAAAAAAACAAUUAUGUAUUGAAAACCUUGUGUAAAUUGUAGAUAAAAUUUUCCCUGCC